AUGGAGGCGGUGCUGCUGGAGCACUUCCCGGCGGGGCUGGACUCCUUCUCCUCGCCGCCCUACUUCGACGAGGAGGACUUCUUCACGGACCAGUCCUCGCGGGACCCCCUGGAGGCGGACGAGCUGCUGGAGCACGACGUGGACUUGCUGAGCCACCAGCUGCAGCAGUACUACCGGGACGGCGCCGAGCCCGAGGGCGGCUACUGCUGCGAGGCGGCGGCAGGCAGCUUCCCGCCGUCCCCGGCCUCGCCCGGCUUCCCGUACGAGUGCUGCGGCGCGGGCGGCUCGCCCUCCCCCAGCGACCCCGACUACGGGCUGCCGCCGCUGGCCGGGCACUCCCUGUCCUGGACCGACGAGAAGCAGCUCAAGGAGCAGAACACGGUGCGGACGGCCAAGGUGUGGACGCCGGAGGACCCGCGCAAGCUCGGCGGCAAAGCCUCGCUCACCGACCGGGAGAACGAGCCGCCCUUGGGCUUCGUGUCGUGA